AUGGGAAGUUCUAGGGUUUUUGGUGCUGCAUUCUUGAUUUUGCUCCUCGCCGAUAUAGCUUUUGCUGUUAGGCCAUUUAAGGCUGCAGGAAUAGGAGGAGGUGGUGGUGGUGGAGGAAGUGGUGGUGGUGCUAAUGGUUUGGGGUCAGGUUCUGGAUAUGGCUCGGGGUAUGGUUCAAGAAGUGGCUCCGGAUAUGGUUCAGGAGGAAGUGGAGGAGGUGGUGGGGGUGGAGGCUCUGGGUCAGGGUACGAUUCGGGGUCUAGAUCAGGGUAUGGAUCUGGAGGUGGGAUAGGAGGUGGUGAAGGAGGUAGGAGAGGUGGUGGUGGUGGUGGCGGAGGCAAUGGAGGAUCAGGGUAA